CAACCGCGGCCCAGCGGAGAGCUUUGGAGUCUGUGCGUCCGCGGUAACAUGGCGGAUCGGCUCACGCAGCUGCAGGACGCCGUGAACUCGCUUGCAGAUCAGUUCUGUAACGCCAUUGGCGUGUUACAGCAGUGUGGUCCUCCCGCCUCCUUCAGUAACAUCCAGACAGCCAUCAACAAAGACCAGCCAGCCAAUCCCACAGAAGAGUAUGCCCAGCUUUUUGCAGCACUGAUUGCACGAACAGCAAAAGAUAUUGAUGUUUUGAUAGAUUCCUUACCCAGUGAAGAGUCAACAGCUGCUUUACAGGCUGCUAGCUUAUAUAAGCUGGAAGAAGAAAACCACGAAGCUGCCACCUGCCUGGAGGACGUUGUUUACCGAGGAGACAUGCUUCUGGAGAAGAUCCAGAGCGCCCUUGCUGACAUUGCACAGUCGCAGCUGAAGACCCGGAGCGGCACCCGCAGCCAGUCUCUGCCCGACUCCUAGCGUCGUGGACAGGUGACUGAGAAAAGACUGUUGAACGCCGCAGCAGAUGAGGACGUGGCCCUGCCAGCAGCUACAGCCUAUGCUGCGACUCUGACCUUCUGUCUCCACGGGAUAAGUCAAAAGCUUCAACAUUGUUGCCAUGGAGUCAUCCUCAAAUAUCGUUAUGUCAUUUUUUAUCUAAUUUAGUUCUCAAAAUAGAUACUGUACUAAUGAUCACGAAACAAUUAAACAGAUAUACAAUAAAGCUCUUUGAUGUUUUGUGUA